GCCCUACUUGUAUAACCAAACCCCAAAACCGCAGUGGUGAGACGUGUGAAGUGUGAACCGCCCCCACACGGUUGUGUUGUCUCGUCCGUCGUUCCCACCCGCGCUUAUGACUGCAACUACCGCCGCUGUCCAAAGGCAAAGCACCCGCACAUCUCUGAAACCAUUUCCCUUUGCCUGAAUGCUCCUCACCCUCCCGUGCUGUGCCACCUUCCUCUUCCGCCAUGGUUCGUGCUAACGCUUAGCGUGGGCUGGUCUUGCUCUCUGGUCACCCCAUUCCACAGGAGCUUCGUUCGAGGGCACCGAGUUACUGACUGGGACGAAAUGAGGCUGAUUUUGUGGCAUUGGUUUUUGCUAUUCUUCACGUUAGUUUCAUCGUCAUGGAGUUUGAGUUCAGAUGGCCUAGCUCUUCUUGCUCUGUCCGAACACCUCAUACUACCGAGUUCCAUAGCCUCCAACUGGAAUGCUUCUGAUACAACUCCUUGUAAAUGGAAUGGAGUUGGUUGCCAUAAAAGGAACAGUGUGAUUUCUCUUAACUUUUCUUCAUCGGGAGUUUCAGGUUCACUGGGACCUCAAAUAGGACUUCUAAAAUACCUAAAUGUCCUCGAUUUGUCAAAUAACAAUGUAUCUGGUUCGAUUCCUCUGGAAUUGGGGAAUUGCAGUAUGCUUGAACAACUGGAUCUGUCUCAAAACUUUCUUUCUGGUGAAAUACCAACAUCAAUUGGCAACCUCAAGAAAAUGUCAUCACUCUCAUUGUAUUACAACUCUCUGAAUGGAACAAUACCAGUGGAGUUAUUCAAGAACCAGUUUCUGGAGUUUGUGUACCUCCAUUACAAUCAGCUUAGUGGUUCUAUCCCCUCCUCAGUUGGUGAAGCGUCAAGCCUUAGGUCCUUGUGGUUGUAUGAUAAUAUGUUAUCUGGAGUUCUGCCCGAAUCAAUAGGCAACUGCACUAAGUUGGAGGAGCUCUAUCUACUCGAUAAUCAAUUGAGCGGUAAUCUUCCGAAAACCUUGGGUGCCAUCAAAGGCUUCAGGAUUUUUGAUGCUACUAACAAUAGCUUCACAGGCGAUAUUCCUUUCAGUUUUGAAAACUGCAUGUUGGAAACAUUCAUCUUGUCAUUCAAUCAGAUAAAGGGUGAAAUCCCAUCAUGGCUAGGGAACUGUAGCAGCUUGCAAGAACUUGCACUUGUCAACAAUAGUCUCUUUGGUCAAAUUCCAACUUCUCUUGGCUUACUGAGCAACCUCGCUUAUCUUUUGCUUUCUCAGAACUCCCUGUCUGGGCCGAUCCCUCCUGAGAUUGGUAACUGUCAGCUGCUAGUGUGGCUCGAGUUGGAUGCAAACCUGCUCGAGGGGACUGUUCCAAAACAGUUGGCAAAUUUGAGUAACUUGAAGAAACUCUUUCUGUUCGAGAAUAACUUCAUGGGAGAGUUCCCUGAGAAUAUUUGGGGUAUCCAAAGCCUGGAGAGCGUCCUUAUAUAUCGAAAUGGUUUCACAGGGAAGCUUCCUUCGGUGUUAGCUGAGCUGAAGUUCCUUCAGAACAUUACACUGUCUGAAAAUUACUUCACUGGAGUCAUACCACCAGAUUUGGGUGUUAAUAGCCGAUUAGUCCAGAUUGAUUUCACAAAUAACAGUUUUGUUGGUAAAAUUCCGCCAAACAUUUGUUCAGGAAAAGCAUUGAGAGUUUUGGACAUGGGAUUUAACGUUCUCAAUGGAAGCAUCCCAUCCAGUGUUGCAGACUGCCCAAGUUUGGAGCGAGUCAUUCUCCAAAACAACAAUCUUGAUGGGCCUAUUCCAGAAUUCAGAAACUGUGUGAACCUAACAUAUAUGGAUCUGAGUCACAAUUCCUUGAGCGGCAACAUUCCGGCAAGCUUCGGCAGAUGUGUAAAUAUCACUAUGAUAAACUGGUCAGACAACAAGCUUUCUGGUCAAAUACCACCUGAAAUAGGAAAGUUAGUGAAUUUGACCAGUCUUAACCUCUCACACAAUAGUCUACAGGGUGUGCUCCCUGUGCAGAUUUCUCGUUGUUCCAAGAUGUAUUUGCUUGAUUUGAGUUUUAACUCUUUAAAUGGUUCACUCACAACAGUAAGCAAGCUGAAGUUGCUGACAUGGCUACGGCUGCAGGAGAAUAAAUUCACUGGAGGCUUGUCUGAUUCUCUAUCGCAUUUGGAUAUGCUUAUUGAGCUUCAACUUGGUGGCAAUGUUCUUGGGGGUAGUAUCCCUUCAUCGUUAGGAAGGUUGCUAAAACUUGGCAUCGCUUUGAAUCUUAGUUGCAAUGGUCUUGUGGGUGAUAUUCCACCACAAUUGGGCAAUUUGCUUGAUCUGCAAAGUUUAGAUUUGUCACUUAAUAAUCUCACCGGAGGUCUAGUCAAAUUAGGAAGUCUACAGUUAUUGCAUGCCUUGAAUGUUUCUUAUAACAGAUUUAGUGGACCAUUGCCAGAAAGCCUUCUAAAGUUUCUGAAUUCAACACCAAGUUCCUUCAAUGGAAAUCCAGACCUUUGUGUCUCUUGCAGUGCCAAUGAUUCAUCUUGCAGCGGAUAUAAUGUCUUGAAAACUUGUGAAGCAUCGACGAAAAGAGGAGUGCAUGGGCGAUUCAGGAUUGCUCUCAUAGUUCUUGCUUCGUUGUUUGUUGGAGCAUUUAUGGUACUUAUACUCAGCUGCAUCCUUCUGAAGUCUCGAGAUCUGAAGAAGAAAAGUGAGGAAUCAGUCAGUACUAUGUUUGAAGGUCCCUCUUCUAAAUUAAAUGAGGUUAUGGAGGCGACUGAAAAUUUUGAUGACAAGUAUAUCAUCGGUACAGGUGCUCAUGGAACUGUUUACAAGGCAACACUGAGGUCAGGAGAAGUGUAUGCUAUAAAGAAACUUGUGAUUUCUUCACACAAAGAAUCAUACAGAAGCAUGAUCAGAGAACUGAAGACACUUGGUAAAAUUAAGCAUAGAAACUUGAUAAAGCUAAAAGGAUUUUGGUUGAGAAGUGACAACGGGUUCAUACUGUAUGAUUUUAUGGAAAAGGGCAGCUUUCAUGAUGUUCUGCAUGGGAUCCAGCCAGAACCAGCUUUGGACUGGUGUGUGCGGUAUGACAUAGCCCUCGGUACUGCCCAUGGGUUAGCAUAUCUUCAUCAUGAUUGUCGCCCUGCAAUCAUUCACCGUGAUAUUAAGCCAAGUAAUAUAUUGCUGGACAAGGACAUGGUGCCUCAUAUCUCAGAUUUUGGCAUUGCAAAGCUCUUGGAUCAGUCUUCUACUGCUCCACAGACCACUGGAGUUAUUGGCACCAUUGGAUAUAUGGCCCCAGAAUUGGCGUUUACCACCAGAAGCAACAUCGAGUCCGACGUGUACAGCUACGGCGUGGUGCUACUCGAGCUGCUCACCAGAAAGAUGGCAUUGGAUCCCUCCUUCCCCGACAAUGUGGGCAUAGUCAGCUGGGUGUCGUCCACACUGAACUGCACCGAUCAAAUCGAGGCCUUCUGCGACCCGGACCUCAUGGAAGAAGUCUACGGCACGGUCGAGAUGGAGGAGGUGCGCAAGGUCCUGUCGGUAGCACUCCGGUGCACGGCCAGGGAGGCGAGCCAAAGGCCGUCCAUGGCCGACGUCGUGAAAGAGCUGAGCGAUGUGAGGCCUGCUGGUGGUCGCGGCGGGUCGGUCUCCAAGUCUAAGCAGGGGAAACCAGGCUCCCAGAGCCUGCUGGUGGUCGCGGCGGGUAUGUAGCCUCGGACGGUGCAGUUCUUGUAUAUACUACUCUCCAUGAUUGAUUUACGGUGGGAGGUAGAGGGAGACAGCUCGACUUUGAUUGGAAAGGUUGAGAGGUCAUUCCUGACCAGAUGCUCGUGUUGUGUAGUUAUGCUGUCCCCUAUGCGCACGCGUUGGGCUCCUGGAAGAAGCCGGCUGUUCUUCA